ACAUCAUCAACUCCAUCUCCAUGGCGAUAAGCAAACUGCAGGGGGUUUUGACAUGAGUUUUUCUGCUUAUUCAUGUGGUCCAGCAGGAGUUUCUGAAGAACCUUCAUGAUGUGGGUUGUCAGGACAAGAAGUCUGUAUUCAUCGAUGACUGAUGGCAUCCAUGGGCAGCAAUGAAAAAACCACCGUCUUUCAGUCACGGGAGGGAGAAAUAUUCAGGAUUCCAGCUCUUUACUACAACAACAAUGAGAAAAAGCUCUUUGCCUUUGCAGAGAAGCGGACAACCGCAGAUGAUGCUACCUCAGUGGCUCUGGUCAUGAGUGAAGGAACAGUGGACAUUGACACAGCCACUAAGAAGAAGACGGUGAAGUGGUCUCUGCCUGAAGAAGUAGUGAAGAAGUGCUCCUGCGGAUAUCGUCCCAUGAACCCGUGUGCAGUGUAUGAAAAACACACACAGACACUGUUCCUUUUCUUCAUCUAUGUCAUAGGAACAGAAGGCUUUCAGAUAGACAACCACUGGAACAAGGCCCGUCUGUGGUACGUCACAAAGAAGAGUGACAACAAGUGGAGUGAAGUUACUGAGGUGACCGACGUGCUGCCUGAGAUGAAACACUGGUCCACAUUUGCUAUUGGACCGGGCCACGGCAUUCAAACUGAGAGUGGCAGAAUGAUUGUUCCAGCUUAUGCUUACACAGGCCCAGAAAAUGAAAAAGCUGCUCCUCAUGCAUUCUGCUUUUAUAGUGAUGAUUACGGUAAAACAUGGCGUUGCAGUAAAAUGCUGUCUGAAGCAUCAAUAGAAUGUCAGGUGGCUGAGAUUUAUGAUAGCAAGGGACACAGCUUGAUCUACUGCAAUGCUCGCAGUCAGGGAGGCUAUAGAGUUCAAGCUGAGAUUGAUGACAGAGGUUUCCACGCAAUAACGCCUGUUACACCCCUUGUGGAAACAGGUGGAGGCUGUGAGGGGAGUGUGAUUUCCUUCCCAGCUCAGUCUGGAGAACCAAACACCAAGUGGCUACUUUUUUGUCAUCCAACAAAUCCAAAGGAAAGACUUGAUUUGGGAGUUUAUCGGAACAACUCCCCACUAAAUUCAAAUGAAAACUGUAGUGGAGCUUGGAGCAAACCCUGGGUCAUUAACAAGGGACCCAGUGGUUACUCUGAUCUGGCCUACAUUGAAGAUGGCUGGUUUGCAUGUCUGAUGGAGCGUGGCGAGAAAACGUAUACUGAAGAGAUAGCAUGUUUUCUGUUCUAUGAUGACCUCAUAUUGCAAAUAUGA